UUAUUUCACAGUUUUAAAAUAUCUUAUAUUGUAAUUUAUAAUCAUAUCAUAUAUAACAUCAUAUAUAAACAUCUAAAUGUUCGCUUUAUAAAGAAAUACUGUUAGUGGGAGGAAUGGUUGAGUAAUCUUUAGUUUUCAACAAAUUUACUCAAGAGUAUGUAUAUGCAAGAAAGAAUCAGUCCAAGUUUAUUAGUGAAGCAGAUAAGUCAUUAGGAAACUUAAAGAUGGCUUUAAAAAUAAUUUUUGAUUUCAUAUUUUUUAUUUAUCUACUACAAAUGUUACAUUUAAAUACAUCUACUAUACUAGGAAAUUGUCCAAUGUUAAGCAAUAGUAGUUCUAUGGAACAAACUGAACUUUUACAAGAAUUAACUAAUGAUUGUCGUUAUGAUAAGAUGACUAGACCACCAGGAGAAAUUAAUUCUACAAAUCCAAUUAAUGUGUAUACUAAGGCUUAUAUUUAUACAAUUAAAUCAAACAUGGCAAAAACACUGCAAUUUGAUGUACAUAUGAUGUUACAAUUUAGAUAUUUGGAUGCCAGGUUAAAAUUUUCAAAUAUUGCUCCAUAUUUAAGUCAAAUAUAUAAUGGACAAUUUGCAUAUGAUCUAAUAUGGACACCUACUGUUUAUGUUUCUGAGCCCAGUUCAGCAAUAACAGGAAAUAAUGUAAAAGAUAUACUUGUUUCAAUAGAUCCAUCAGGCAUGGUUAGAUUGAAUACUAGGUUGCAAGCUACUCUUAACUGUGGGCUUCGUUUGGAGAAAUUUCCAUUUGAUGUACAAGAAUGUCCACUUGUUUUUGAGAGCUGGACACACAAUGUGCUUGAUAUGGUGUUGUAUUGGGACCAAGAACCAAUUAUACUUGCAGAUGAAUUACAUUUAACUGAAUAUAAGCUUGUUGAAAAAUGGGUUAAUGCAUCAGAAGUAUUUUAUACUACAUCACAACAACAUUAUGGUCAUUUUGCUGGUAAUUUCAGUUCAAUUAGCAUAACAUUUAAAUUAGCACGUGAGAUGGGAUUUUUUAUGAUGGAUUAUUAUAUACCAUCUAUAUUAAUAGUAGUUAUUUCUUGGGUAUCCUUUUGGUUGCAUAUGGAUGCAAGUCCACCGCGAAUAGUUUUAGGAACAAAUACUAUUUUAACAUUUAUGACUCUUGCAUCAAAAGUAGAAAAUUCUCUACCAAAAGUUUCAUAUAUAAAAGCUAGUGAAAUAUGGUUUUUAGGUUGUACUAUAUUUUUAUUUGCAGCAAUGGUUGAAUUUGCUUUUGUUAAUACAAUUUAUCGACGGAAAAAAACUGUUCCUUUGAAAAAAGUAAAUAGUAAAUAUAUAUUAAAAUCGACAUUAACGCCAAAACUGGCUCGAAAACAAUUUCAAAAAAACACUACUGGGCUAGAACGAUCACGAUCUUGGUCAUCACUUGAUAAUACAAAUACAAAUGAUCAAGAUUAUUCAAGUCAAAACUAUCUUACUGUACAUAGUUUUCCAAGUACCCUCAACAUUCCUUCUGUUAAAAUUGAUGAAGAUAAAGAUCAAAAAUGCUCUAUUGAAAGCAUUACAAGUAUUAACAGUACAUCAUCACCAAAACCCUUUCCACGAAGAGCAACUCUUGCACAAUUACAUAAUUUUACAACAAUGACACCACAAGAAAUUGCUCAGUGGAUUGAUAGACGUAGCAGAAUUGUAUUUCCUGUAGCUUUCAUCAUAUUUAAUAUUCUUUAUUGGUCUUUUAUUUGGAUAUAAAAAUUUCAUAAUUAA